CGCGUGAAGUUUGUGAUCCGGCAUAACUCCCAGUAGAAGAAGAACAAGCGGCAGCGCGGGACGAAACAGUGGUUUAAGAUGUCUAAGAGGAAGAACAAUCAUCUGUUGGAAGUGGCACGAAAAAGAGCGAAGUCAUCACCGGCAGAGCCGACAGAAGAUGAAGAAAGAAUUUGCUCCGAUCAAGGCAGUAGUGCUCUUUGGGCACAGCACAGUGCCUCAGGCGAGGUUGGCAUUAUAGAGAAGAUUUUUUUGAAGAACUUCAUGUGUCAUUCUCUUCUUGGUCCUUUUACAUUUGGGUCAAAUGUCAACUUUAUCGUUGGAAGUAAUGGAAGUGGUAAAAGUGCAAUACUCACAGCUCUGAUUGUGGGUUUGGGUGGAAAAGCACAGACUACCAACAGGGGCUCUUCUCUUAAAGGCUUUGUCAAAGAAGGCGAGAGCUCUGCAGAAAUCUCAAUCACACUGAGGAACCGAGGCCAGGAUGCAUAUAAGCCAGAUGUGUUUGGACAGUCCAUCACCAUUGAUCUUCGUAUCUCCAGUGAAGGACUGAGAACCUACAAACUCAAAAGCAAAACAGGUCUGCUUGUGUCAUCCAAAAAAGAAGAACUGGUAGCAAUUCUUGAUCACUUUAAUAUUCAGGUGGACAAUCCUGUUUCUGUCCUCACACAGGAAAUGAGCAAACACUUCCUCCAUUCCAAAGGAGAGGGAGACAAGUACAAAUUCUUUAUGAAGGCAACUCAGCUGGAGCAAAUGAAAGAAGAUUACAGCUACAUUAUGAAAACAAAAACUGUGACCCAAAAUACACUUGAGAAACAUGAAGCGACUCUGCAGGAAAUACGAAAUAAAUACAAGGAAAAAGAGGACAGGUAUAAGAAUCUGGCCUCGCUGGAUGAAAUGCAGGAGAAACUGAACCAUUUAAAACAUCAAAUGGCCUGGGCACUGGUGGCCGAAAUGGAAGAGGAAGUUAAGCACAUGAGAGAGAGAAUUGCAGAGGAAGAGAAAUCUACCAUUAAAUAUGACCGGAAGGUGGAAGAGUGGAAGGGAAAAGUAGCAGAAGCUGAACGAAGGUAUAAACAGUUUCAUGAUCAGUUGGAAUGUGUUACUGAGCGUGUCCAAAAGCUGCAGCCCGAGUGUGGUCAACUUCGGAACAAAGCACAAGAGUGUAACAAAGCUUUCCGAACUGCAGAGGCUUGCUUUCAUAAACAAAAGACUAAUGUAAGAGAUUUGGAAAGGGACAAAGAGCAACUCCUCAAGCGCAUCAAUGAACUGAAAUACAGUAUUACUCAGUUGAAUGCAGCGGACAGUCAGACCCGUAUGAAACAGCUAAAUCAGAUUCAGGCUGAGUUGGAUGCUCUGACUUUGCAAGAGUCCACGUUGGCUCAGCAGGUUGGGCAGUUUCAGCAGGCCUGCGCUAGUGCCAAAGACAAGCUCAGUAAGAUGAGACGAGAGGAGCAUGAUUUGCAGCGUGCUAUUGACAAAAAGCAGCAUGAACUGGCUGCUAUGGAGGGUAGUAGACAAGGUGGGCUCCGCCGUUUUGGUGAACAAAUGCCAGCAUUCAUAGCAGCCAUAGAAGAGGCUGAUCGCCAAGGACAAUUCCGAAGAAAACCUGUUGGACCACUUGGAUUCUGUAUCCGCUUGAGGGAUGCAGACUUGGGUCUUGCUGUGGAGAGCUGUCUGAAGUCCCUGAUGUUGGCUUUCUGCUGUGAUAACUACAUGGAUGAGAAAGUACUACAGGCUCUCAUGAUUCAAAGCUUUCCUCAUGGACAAAGACCUCAAAUUAUUGUCACUGAAUUUACUGACGCACCCUACAACAUCAGCCACAGAGCUAUCGAUCAUCCUGAAUACCCGUCAGUACUCCAAGCUCUUGAUAUUGACAAUCCAGUUGUGACCAAUUGUUUGAUUGACAUGAGAGGUAUAGAGACUGUUCUUCUUAUUAAGAAUAAUAAAGAUGCACGGCGGGUGAUGCAGGGAGGACAUCCUCCUCGAAACUGCAAAGAGGCGUUUACACGUGAAGGAGACCAAGUGUACAAUAACCGGUACUAUUCCUCAUCCCAGCAAAGGGCACGCUACCUAAGCCAUGAUGUGGAGCAGGAAAUCAGGCAUUUACAAGUGUCCUUGAGGACUCAAGAGGCACAUUUUAAGGGUUUCAAGCAGCAGAUUCGGGAUGUGAUCACCAACAUUAAUCAAAAUGAAGCUCUGCUGAAGAGAACCCUUGAUGAUCACAGAAGGGUCAAGGAUCAAUGCCGAAAACUUCAGAUGGAGGUGAAUGACUUGUGUGUUGUGGAAGAGCCGCAGUCAGAAGACCUGAAGCCACUGGAAGAUGAAUUAGAGGAGCUGAGUAGCAGGUUAGCUGUUUGUCAGGAGGAAUAUGAGACCGAGCAGCAGCAGAUGCUCACACUGAAAAGGGCAUAUGAGGAAGUGGAACUUCUCUACCGCCAGCACAAAGAAACCAUAAACAGUGUGGCUGAAGAGGCAGAACCCAUUAAGGAGGAGCUGAGUAAGAGUGACCAAGAUGUAGAAAAAAGUAUGCACCAUAAGAAACAUUAUGAGGAGAAACGUAAAGCACACAUCAACAACAUACAAGCUCAGAAGAUGAUCUUGGAAAAUAAGGAACAGGAAUUGAAGGCUUCUGUAGUGAAAGCUUCAGAAAUCUGCCCAGAGCGUUUAGAUAUAAGAAGAACAGCUAAGAGUCUUGACAAUGAGAUCAGUCAUUUAAAACAUAAAAUUAGCACUCAGCAAGACCAACAUGGAGACAGAGACACCAUAAUCAGGCAGUACCAGGAGGCCUUGGAGAACUAUAACAGUGUUGCCCAGCACGUAAAGGGUCUCAAACACUUCAUCCACCUACUCAGCAAGAUCACGAACACGCGGCAUAAUGUCUAUACUGAAAUGAGGAGGUAUCUUUCUGUGCGCUGUAAAUACUAUUUUGACUCUAUGUUAUCCCAGAGAGGAUACACAGGAACGAUGGUAUUCAAUCACAAGAAAGAGGCCCUCUCCGUUUCAGUGCAGCCUGGAGAGGGUGAUAAGGCUACUCUCAGUGAUAUGCGCUCUUUGUCUGGAGGGGAACGAUCAUUUUCCACCGUCUGUUUUGUUUUGUCUCUUUGGGCCAUAGCUGAAGCUCCAUUUCGUUGCUUGGAUGAAUUUGAUGUGUACAUGGACAUGGUGAAUCGCCGGAUUUCCAUGGACAUGAUGUUGAAGAUUGCAGCUAGUCAGCGCUACAGACAGUUUAUUUUCCUCACUCCACAGAGCAUGAGCUCUCUGCCAGUGAAUAAUUUGACCCGUAUCCUGCGUUUAAAUGACCCAGACCGUCGCCAGUCCAUUCUCUCCUUUGGCCAAAUAAAUUCUGAAGUGCCGGAGUGAGACUGCAAUCAAAGUCAAAGUUUGAAUGAAAUGGGUCAAGUGAGACUUCUGCGUCAUUUGCAUGUUUAUCAGACUGUGUAAUAUUCUUGCAGUAUUCAGGUCUUGUACAAAGAAUUAAAGGUAGACAUUCUUACGUCCAUUUAAAGGUUGUUCUUUACAUGCUUUACAGGAGUUGUUUUUUUUCUGUCAUCUUAAAUGUACUUUAACAUCUGUCUUUCAAACAAAGGGGAAUAAAGAUAAAAUCAAUCUAAAUAUCAAAAGAGGUUGUCUAAAAAACAGUAUUGUGUUGUUGUCAUGUCAGUUGAUUGUGAUCGAUAGGUGAUUGUUACACUGUAUUGCCAGAUGGUUUGUCACCACAUGGGAAUGUUAUUUGUUGAAAACUGAAAUCUCCUGACAUGCAUCACUGUUAUUCAGCAUUUUAAGUUUACUUACAAUACAGCACAAUCUGAAGUUGCUUUGAUCAUUAAAGAAAAAAAUCCUCCCAUGUUUGUUGCACAUGCAUUAAAACCAGUUUUGCACCUUCUGAA